UGAUGCUUCAGUAACACGCCCCCAAUCGCUCCAAACCUCACCACAAUGGCCACCCUGGAACCCCUCCUCCGCCCCGCUCUCCGCCCCGCUCUCCGCCCCGUCCUCCGCCCCGCCCUCCGCCUACCGCGCCCUACAAACACACGGCACUUCCUCCCGAACAUCUUCUCCUCCGGCGCCUCAUCCCCCGAAAUCCAAACCCUCCGCGCCUCCCGCACGCUCCCCUACCCCAGCGCGCCAAUCUACUCCAUAAUCGCCGACGUGCCCUCCUACUCCUCUUUCCUGCCCUACUGCACGCGCAGCACAAUAACGCACUGGUCGUCACCAGACUCCGUGACCGGGCGGCGCUGGCCCAGCAUCGGCAUCCUGACCUCUGGCUUCGGGAACUUGACCGAGAGUUUCACGUCGCGGGUAUACUGCGUUCCGGGAAGAUUCGUAGAGAGCGUUGGCGGGGACACUGUCACCGCCUUACCACGCGACCAGAUUAAGCACCAUCUCGACGGCGCGGCGAGUCAAGCGAUAAAAAAAGAGGGGAGCGAGGGGCUCUUGACGCAUUUGCGGAAUACGUGGACGGUUGAGGAGGUUGGGGAGAAGGAGACAAGGAUUGAAUUGAAGCUGGAAUUUGCGUUUGCGAAUCCAAUUUAUGCGGCGCUGAGUGCGGGGGCCGCGCCCAAGGUUGCGGAGGCGAUGGUGAAGGCCUUUGAGGAGAGGGUUGGGGGGUUGUUGAGGGAGAAUCCGGAGAUGGUUGGUGCGAAGUUGGAGGAUUUUGACGGGAGUCGGCUGAAGAGGUAGAGGCUGGAAGGAGGAGUGAUCCGGAGCAUGUAUGAUUUUCUGUAUAUGUAAGAUACUGUUGCAUUUGCAUGGUUAUGGCAUUGUAGAUCGGAUAGAACCACAGAGGUCCGUAAUAAUGCGACU